UCAGGCCAAAAUUAGGCCUUCAACCCAAAUAAAUUAGCGAACUAAAGCGACAACUUUCAAUUUUCAAGCCACUGCGCAUAGUAUGCAAGCCAAGCCACUACUUCAAAGGCCAGUGGCACCCAGGCCCAGGCAAGUAAAUGAUCCUUAUCCGUUGUUUCUUGUUUGUUAACUGUUUUGAUUACUUCACAUGGCAGUGGUAGUGGAGCAUGAACAUGAACCACGGUAGCAACACCGGGAUCGGGACGGCGAGAUCAUCUUCGUCACUAGCAAUAGCAACAUCGUCUGUGACGACGUCGUCACGGGUGUCUUCGUCGGGGAAGAGAAUACAGAGGGAGAUGAUGGAGCUAAACGUGGAUCCUCCUCAAGACUGCUCUGCCUGUCCCAAGGGCGAUAAUCUCUACCACUGGAUCUCCACCUUCAUUGGACCCCCUCGAACCCCAUAUGAAGGUGGAAUAUUUUUCCUUGACAUAAUAAUAUUUCCAAGUGAUUACCCAUUCAAACCACCCAAGGUAGUUUUCAAAACUCGUAUCUUCAAUUGCAAUGUUGAUUCUGCCGGCAAUUUUUUUUUUGAGUGA